CAAACCCUACGUUCAUCAUUCCUUGCUGCAGUAGGAGGAUGGCGAGCAGGCGAGCGAGCGAGGACCGUGGCUGGCAGGCUCACUGGUGGACCCCAGAUCCAGGUCCAGGAUUCUGUCUGGUCAGUGAAAUCGAACGCUUUUUGUGGCCAUGCGUGGCGUUGGAUGGAAAUCGAACCAUUGGCAGGCCUGGGAAUCCUGGAAAAGUGCGGAAGCUAGAAAGGGGCAGUAAUCGCGGGCCAGUGAUGCAAACCUCUGAUGCUUCGAGGGUUCGAGGGAUACGUGAGGAGCGAAUCAGAUGCCGGAAUGCAGCGACAGAGAGCGACACCGGCCGAGGCUGAAACUGCACGCACGCGCGGUGGGUUCCCGUGUCAUGUGACCGAAGUCAGCCAACCAGCCAGGGUAGGGAUUUGGCUUGGAGGGGCUUGGAGGGGCUCGGGUCCCCAAGGGUUUGUUGCCUUCUCUUGCUAUCAGCGUGGAAAUCGGGCGCAGGCAUUCUGAGAUAGGUUCAUUGCACCUAUUUCUACGGCGCGACUCUGACAUCGAUGAAUUUUCGUCCAGCGCGGCUUGGGUCCUUCUAAGCUCGGCGCAGAGAGGGGUGGCAUGAGUUCGAAAAGAGAAUCCCGCAGUCGCGUUCUUGAAGCAGGUGCAAAGAUUGGCGCAUCUAACUGGGGGAAGGGGGCAGGCUCGAUUGGGCUGGCAUAGUUUGGUUCGGUCGUGGGGAAGUGGGAGACAUUGGCAUUGGGGUCGUGGAAGUGAAAUGGCAGACCAGCUCAGGGCAUCUGUCGCCCUGAGCUCUGCACCUGCUUUGACUCUCCAGCACUCGCCCAAGGGUUUCAGCCCACUCUGUGUUCCGAUCCCCCGUCGAAAUUCUCUCUCUGCUGCUCCCUCGCGGUUGAAUUUAGUCUCUGGCCGAUUGCCAAAUGGUGGUGGUUGUGGAUCCGCAGCGGUGCAGGGCAGGUGUUGCUUAGAUUUUCAGUCGUCUUUUUUGAGGGAUGGUGCCUUCCAGUCUCAUCUUCAUGGGUCCCUGUCGUCGUCGUCGUUUGGCGGAAGCACGAGUAAGCGGAGGACUGGAGUGGCCAGAGCUGCUGGGCCUGCGGGGACGGGCAUUCGUAAAACUGCCACAGGAGGCACUGUGCCAACUAAGCCGGGCCAGUUUCUUUUAAUCGGCAUUGCUGUCGCGUACAUGUCUCUCAUCGUCAUCAUUCCAUUUCUCAAUGUCUUCGUGCAGGCAUUUUCCUUCGGAAUAAGACCAUUUAUCAACAACCUUUUGGAUCCUGCGUUUCAGAGCGCGGUGAGGAUGACCCUCACCGUUGCAGGCAUUGUUCUCCCUAUAAACACAAUUUUCGGACUCAUCAUCGCUAUUUGGGUCACUCGACAUGAUUUCCCUGGAAAGGCUUUACUUUUGAGUGCCAUCGAUUUACCCUUCUCCAUAUCUCCAGUCGUCGUUGGGCUUAUGCUUAUGCUCCUUUACGGUCGCCAGGGCGUCUUCGCACCUUGGUUACGAGCUACGAAUCUCGAAAUUGUUUUUGCGCUUCCUGGCAUGAUUAUUGCAACGUGCUUUGUUACCCUUCCAUUCGUUGUCCGGGAGGUUAUUCCCGUAUUGCAAGAGAUGGACCCUUAUGAGGAGGAAGCCGCCCGCACCAUGGGAGCCAAUGAUUGGGAGGUAUUUUGGCAGGUGACACUUCCGAAUAUUCGACUUGGAUUACUGUAUGGAAUAACUCUUUGCAACGCUAGGGCCAUGGGAGAAUUUGGAGCUGUGUCGGUGAUAUCCGGCAACAUCAUAGGGCGAACUCAGACCCUUACACUCUUCGUCGAAGCAGCUUACAAGGAAUAUAAUACGCAAGGGGCCUUUUCUGCUGCUUUGCUACUCUCCGUCUUUGCUGUAAUUACCCUCUUUAUUAAGACAAAGUUGGAGGAUGAACGAACGAAGCAGCUGUCGGUAAGAUAGCGGUUGCUUGCUGGAGAUUUACUGUUGGUCCAGAAGGCAUUAAUGAGUUCCCUUACCAGGCAUGUGGAUGAAAUGCACUGUACCAUAUUUUUCCCCUCCAGGUGUUAUACAAAACGACAUCACGGUGGCAUAUCAUUGCGUCUUUUUCAUCUUCUCCUACCUUUUUCGACGUUGUAUGUCUCUUCUGAAUUUCUUUACGGCAUAUUGAGUUCACGUACCAAGAGCAAGUCCAGAAUUCAGCGUUCUAUAAAAUCUAUGCGUAUGACCUCGCCGUUAGAGUGAGAUGAAGCCACGAAGCGAAGGUUUAACUCGUCACAGAUAAUAUUCUUUUUGUUUUCUCUUCUCGUCAACACAUUUCUUUAUGCAGGUUUAUUCAGCUCCAGCUCAGAAAUUUUUUCGACAUCAUCGCAUAGCAUUUGAUUCCCUCCACUUCUGGGCCCUCAAUUCCUUCGCCUCUGGUAGCUCAAUUCAUGGCUCAUGAUGUUGCAGAGAGUUGUUUUGUUUAAAUUGAACUUGUCAGAAAUCCUGCUGGUUCACUCCGC